GAACACUUACUUCACUACUAAUCAAAAUUAUCAUAGGUGGCUACAUACUUACUAAUUGACCGACACACCAGUGGGGCUUUAUGAAGCAGUACGUUUGCCUUCUGAAAUUGUUUGAAUACAAGUUCUGGCCUCACUACAAUAGAUCAAACUAAUGGUCACAGUGGUUCAAGGCUUCUAUAGAAGAAGUUCAGCUUCUCCUGUAUAUUCUAGAUAAUUCCGCAUGUUCUUGCAUAAAAAAGUAUUUGGACAAGGACGAGAGUGCUCAUUGAAUACCGAGCUUAUCUCGCAUGAGAUCAUUUCAUCUACUUAGGAUGAGAUACAAAUUACCUAAUUGCUACUUUUUUGGACCCGAAGUUCAACCAAAAUUAUUUCGGAGUUCUUGAAACAGUCCGACAGAGAAUCUCAUUGGUGUGUAUAAAACAUCUUGCGACGAAAAAUGAAAAUAAUAGUCAGUAUAGUUGCAGGUUGAGCCAUACUUUUUGAGAUAAUAAUUUCAUAUUCUCUAGUAACAUGCAGAAGCACCGGUUCUGGAGUGUGAUUUGAUAAAGUUGAAAUCAUGUGAACCCUCGAGGUCUAUUGACUGAUAUAAUGAACAAAUACAAAAUAUAUAACGGCUUAAUUUUUUCUUACAGGAUUGAGUUUUUAUUGUGAAUACCCCUGCUAGUUCCGGAUACAUCGUUAUCAAACAUACGACAUCUAUACAUUUUUCCGCAAUAUUUUUGGGACUCUUCCAGCUCAGAAGGCUGAUUUGGCCAACUUACUUUUCUAUGCCCAUAAAGAUCGAAGUUCAACUCACAAGCAAUUUUUUUGCGACAUCCUUCAUCGUCCACACCGAGGGCAGCGAAAAGAAGUUCUAGCAAGUCAUGUUCAUCAAUUGCUUCCAUUGAACGUUCGCCUAAGUCCCUUUUCCGGCGACCCCAGCCGCUGAAAUAUGUCGACGGUUGGUAUCCGCCAUGAAGCCACUGAAAUCCCGGAAAAACAUCAGGAGUUGAAUGUGCUGAUUUGUCCUUUUUCCAGUAGUAUCCAUCACCAAAUGCGUAGAUCGCAGCUAAUCCAAUAGCUAUCUUCAAUUUUAUCAUAACCACCGUUGCCAAAUCACUGAACCAGGGCCACCCUGAGGAAAAAUAUGCUUUACUUAGUUAUCAUGAUACAAUUUUUUUUUCAACUCACAAUAAUAAACAUCGUUGUACCAAUACGAAUCGUACGAUUGUCGUCCUUCCACCAUUGCAGUCGCAUUAGAUUCUUUCCUUGUAAUUGCUGCAGACGAACUCACCACUGUGAGAAUGAUCAACAGUUGCACCUUCCCGUCGACAGCCAUUAUUCGUAAUGCAUUAGUAGCUGUUUGGAAUACUUUAAACUUCAUCUCAAAUUUGCGCAACGCAUGGUAAGUGUUAAUCGACUGCGCAAAUAAACAAAUCGUGUCGCGCGGUUCCGGCUACUCGUGAAAACUUAACACCCAUCCUGCUGAUAUAACCAACGAAAGGAAGUAGACAAAAUUAUCCACAAUUAGCAACUGGUUUGUUUGAUAACAGUUACGUUGGUAUAUGAUGUUGGAUUACACGAAUAGGAAAGGUGAAAUGGGCUUUCCCAAUUGACACAUCCGUUAAGUAACACCGGGAACUCGGAAGUGAAGGAAAAUAGAAUUUAUGUAAUAUUAGUUGGGUCUAUGAUGUAAUUUCACCGUCACAUCUGAAAAAUCAUUCAACAGUGAGUACCGCAAUCUGAGAUCUUUUUCUGUGCAUCACUUUCUGUUACUACCAGAAUUCUAUAUGAUCCUAUUACUGGAAAUCAUAAUGCUACAGAAGAAAGCUGUUAUCGUCAGCGUGUAACCAUAUGUCGACUCACCUAUUAACACCUCUUAUUAGCACCUCAAUUGUGCAUCUCAUUCAAUUGGUAAUCUAACGUAUAAAAUGAUCUUCCCUAGGAUAUCGUAAAUUUAGUGGAAAAGGUUGCGUUCAUAUGGCUCGAAGUGUUCCAAUUGAUAGAUCUAGUUAAAAAUUAAUUAACAAAAUGACACAUGUUUGGGAACGAUCAUUGAUCGUAGCAGCGAUUCUAAUAGUAACGGUAGCAGCUGAAGAAAGUGUAUCAGAGCAAUUUUCAAACGAUGUAAACGAGGCACGUGGUCGAAAACGAUUAUUCAAAUUUCUCUUCAAAGUUUUGACCCCCAUGAUAUCAUCACUCUCCACUAUCCUCCUGGUGAAAACCAAAAUCGUGUUGGUGGGUCUUUUUUUAGCUGGAAUCUACUUCUUUGGGCACAAAAUUUGGCCGGGUGGCUUCUGCGGGCAUUCCGUCAUAUCUGAUGAGCCUCCGCCGUAUUUAACGGGUGGAAUUUCCGGUUACCAUUCCCUUGGACCGGAUAUACUGUCCAGCUAUCCCGGUCCGGAAGUUAUCUCCAACUAUCCUGGACCGGAGGCGCUUUCCAGCUAUCAUAGUUCAGGGCCAUCGAAUGCGUACCUCCCGCCCAGCAGUGAUUCGGUGUCAUCGAUUCCACCAUCAGGUGUGCCUUACAGCUCGAGACGAGGCAAACGAGAAGUGAACCCUCAGGAAGAUGGAGAACUGUUGGAUAACGAGAUGUAUUGGACAGAUCAAUUGACCGACAUGGCAUUCCAAUUUCUCGGAGUGAGCACAAGGGCUUGUCGGAAGCGAUUCGUUUGUGAGUUUGAUUUCCACGCUCGAAGAAACCCGCUCUUACUUUUCGCAACCCGGGCAUUGGGACGCGACAUCUUCCACAACUAUCGUGACGUGGGUGAUGAGCGGGCGAAAAAUUAUCAACAUUGCGGACAAAUAUACGCCGAAUGUGGAGUCCCAAAGAGAACACCCCUGCGCAACAAUCGACGUAGAACCACCACCACCACCACCACAACGGAAGAACCGGAAGUGGAAAACGCGCCAUUUUCAGGAGAACAGGAGGAUGAAACAGCGAACGAUAGCUAUAACAGGGUCAAUCUAGAUGACAGCGCAGAACAGAAUGAUGCGAGGGAGCAGCUUAGUGAAUGGGAAUCGGUUAGGAUGGGUCCACUAGGAAAACUGAUUCAACGACGUUCGUCAGCCCAGCGAAUAAGGUUGCGAGGGAACUAAGCGUAAUUGAAACAGUGCGUUGCGUGAUGAGUGGUUUGAAUGGAUAUUGAGCUUAUUGUUUGUUGUGUUCUUUGUGUCAUAUUUAUUUUACAUCUUUUGCGUGAUCUUUUCAACUAUGAGUUAAGGCUGUU